AUGACGAGGACGACGACGACGACGACGACGACGACGACGACGACGACGACGGACGCCACCGAGGUCGCGCGCGCGGUGCGGCGCGUGAAUCGACGCAUCGCGCUUGCCGUGCGCGCGUUCGCGGGGACGACGGACGAAGCGGGGUGGGGUCGCGGCGCGGCGGGCGGGACGGCGGCGCGGCGGGCGGGCGAGCGUCUCUUCGUCUGGCUGCACGGCUACGCCGACGUGAGUGGGGCGUCCUGGCGGGAGUUUUGUGAGGUCGUCGCGCGUGGGAGUGGGUACGAGACGUCGAUCGCGUGCCCGGACGCGCCGAGGGAAGGGGCGAGGGCGGGCGGGUGGUCGGUCGGCGGAGACGCGCCGCGCGCGUGGUUUAAACCGAGGCUGCACGUCAAGCGAGACGGGCGGGCGUGGACGUGCGAUGGAUUGGAGGAUUCGGUGGCGAGGGUGGUUCGUUUGGUGGACGAAGAGCGCGCGCGUCUGGGGAUCGAACGCGGAGACGUCGUGCUCGGAGGUUUUUCGCAAGGCGCGUGCCUGGCGCUCGCGUGCGCGAAGCGCGAGUUGAGCGACGUUGGUGGCGUGUUGGCCGUGCGCGGGUACCUUCCGAAUCGGUCGCAUGAAUUUAGUGAUAUCAAGCCGAAGACGCUGAUUCUGGCCGGUGGGAACGAUCCGUUGGUUCCGUUGGAGUGGUCGCUGCACGCGGCGACGAUGACGGGGGGCGACGUCGUCGUGCGCGAGAAUCUCGGGCACGAUUUGUGCGUCGAAGACGUGUUCCACGCGCGAUUAUGGAUACACAGACGUUUUCGCGGUCAGAAGACUGACGAUGUGGCGGCGAGUCCGUGA